AUGGACUCCUGUGCCACGCAGAGAAGUCCCUGCACUUCUGAAAAUGUAGCUCGCACGGGAACCUCGGUUUCCAGUACAAUUGCGUUUUCCAAUGCGGCCGGUGUGCCAUUAAAACUAACCCGCAGUGCGGGCAUGCGUGUCCGCAUUUCUUUGUGCGGGUGGUGCGGCUGCAUGGAUUUUCAUGCAGAUCCACAGUGGCAGCACCCGCACAGAUGUGAACCUAGGGUAAUUGAAGAAGCUGAAGUUAGAAGCUGAUUGGCUACCAUGCACAGCUGCACCAGAUUCCGAGUGC